AUGGACCCCAUGGCAUUCUCCGACUUCACUGCCCUGAAAACACUUGAGAUAUCGCUGCCGUUCGUAUUCGGACACGGAGCGCUCCUGUUUUACGCGUGGGAUAGCAGCAGACAUCGCGACGCCCCAGACCCGACGGAUGCCGACAUCGAGGCCACGAAGCGGUACCUGGUGGAUAUGCUGCCCAGCUCGAUAGAGACUGUGCGCUUCGCACACUGUGGCGACAUCUGGGCAGCCAGGUGA